AUGUUCGACGGCGGCCGCGACGAACCCACCUCCCGCCGUGGGAUCCGCCACAAGGCGUACUGAGGUGAGGUCGCGGCGCGCCACCAGGCGGCGUAACGUGGCGACCCGAGGGAGGCAGGGCUCAGGCAGGGUCGCGCCCACCGGGCUGGCGCGGCGGAGGCGCUGCCACACCGUCGCCGUCGGCUCCUGCGCCCAGGGCCAGGGGAGCUCCAGUAAGCGCUUGAUCAGUUCCAUUUUCUGCCUGGUGUACAUUUGAUUUCGUCGGCGUGCAUCAGCCAUACGGGAAAAAUGUGCAUCCAUUCAUUAGGUGUGGAGCUCCCAUAAGCGCUUGUCCAGUUCCAUCUUUUACUUGUUCUAUUUCUGAUCUUGGCGAAGUUCAUGAGCCAUGCCCAUGAGAGUGGAUCAAUCUUGUUCACCCUGAGGCCUACCGUCUGAAUUUGGGCUCUGAAUUCAGCAACCUUUCACCACAAUGUGCCCUAAUUCUCACUAUUUCUCUGUCCGAGUCAUAUAUUUUUUGUUUCUUUUGCCGAAUCAGACACCCGACCCGAGUGGCUCCUCUAUUUGGCAUGCAUGGAAUUUGCCUAACCGACACCCAAAUCUGUGUCACAUUCCAACACUAUCUACAAAUGGCGACUGUAACAACGCUACAGCCGGCCAAUAUAUGGACCACAGGUAGACAGGGUGAUGCCGCAACUAGAACAGAAAAAGGUUCUACAUUAAUCUUACACAUUGUUCCCCAUCGAACAAUGUUUUCUGUCAAGUGCUUAACGAUCUUUUUAUUCAAGUAUAGGUCAUUACAAAGGACAGAAAGUUUACAACCAUUCAUUACUUGUGGCCGGAAAAUAUCCCCCGUUGUCUAAUUAAUAGAACAAAUUUGAGAGUAGGGCAAAUUCGAGAGUUGCACUGAAAGAAGUGGGACUCGAGUGAAGAAAACGCAGUGGAGCCACUCAUGAAGAUAUCUUAAUGCGCAAACAUUAUAUCUGAACGAGUUAGUUGUGUACCUGAGUAAAUAUAUGCUCAAUAGCUAUCUCAGACACUAUUUUUUCCGCCAUGUAAAAAAUACUGUUUAUCGUAACUAUAAUCAAUCAAUGCAUAGCAAAGUUCAUCCCAAAUGGCUUGACACAAUCCCGACGUUGACAUAUAAACGUCUCAACAUCCUUAAACAAUUUAUUACCCAAUGCCUUACCACGUGCCUUGACAGGUACUAUAAUAUUUGUGUAUAUAUAGACCAACCAGCAUGACUCCAAUCCACCCAUUGCCAAAGGAAAAAAAGCUCAGCAAAAAUGGCGUCCAUCCAGGACAAGCAUAGUUCUCAGGAGUUGCUCCAGGCCCAAGUUGAUCUUUGGCACCACGCGUUGGGAUUUGUCAAGUCCAUGGCACUCAAAUGUGCAAUGGAACUGCAAAUCCCCAACACCAUUCAACACCAUGGUGGUUCUAUGACCCCUUCGGAGUUGGCCAUGAAGACCGGACUCCAUCCGUCUAAGCUUCCCCGCUUACGACGACUCAUGCGUGUGCUCACCGUAUCAGGCAUCUUUGUUGUCCAUGAACCAGCCUCGCCAGACAAGGAGGUUGUUUACGGGCUUACCCCUACCACACGUCUCCUCGUUAGUGACAAAGCUAACUCAAACUUAUUUCCCAUUCUGUCUUCGAUGCUUGAUUCAACUGUCAUUUCCCCUUUCCUUGGCAUGCACUCAUGGUUUCUAGAUGAGUGCACCACGUCCCUGUUCAAAAAGGCUCAUGGCCUAAAUGUUUGGGAGAUGGCUGACCAGGACAGUACUUACAACCAGCUAAUCAACAACGCAAUGGUUUCUGAUAGCAACUUUCUCAUGGACAUCAUCUUGAGGGAGUGUGGUGAUGUAUUUCUUGGCAUAAACUCGCUUAUUGAUGUCGCUGGAGGUCAUGGUGGAGCUGCCAGGGCAAUUACGAAGGCAUUCCCGCAAAUGAAAUGCAGUGUGUUGGAUCUCCCUCAUGUGGUUGCAGAAGCUCCUGCUGAUGACCAUGUGCUGUUUAUUUCUGGUGAUAUGUUUAAGUACAUUCCACCAGCGAAUGCCCUUUUCCUAAAGUCUGUUUUUCAUGAUUGGGGCGAUGAAGACUGUGUUAAGAUAUUGAAAAAAUGCAAGGAAGCUAUCCCUCCCAGAGAUGCUGGUGGAAAGGUGAUAAUUGUUGAUAUGGUGGUUGGAUCUGGGCCAAAUGAGAAUGUAACAAGAGAGACGCAGGUUUUGUUUGAUCUCUUUAUCAUGUGUUUUGAGGGGAUCGAGCGAGAGGAACAUGAGUGGAAAAAGAUAUUCAUGGAAGCUGGGUUCAGCGACUACAAAAUUAUAGCAGUCAUGGGUGUUAGAUCUGUUAUUGAGCUCUACCCUUGAAUACUCUAUGAAAAAACUACCAUCUAUAGUCGGGUGUUUAUUAAUAUUUUGCUCAUGAGACAACGGUUAAUAUUAAGAUGAUGUGCCUAUGCUUCA